UGGAAUUUCCAAGUAGCACACAGCAGUGAUAGUGCAUCACAGUGCAGAAAGUACAGAGUCUACUUCACUUCAGCAGCUUUUUCUUAAACGUUUGGUCUGAUUUAUGGAAAUAUACAAGGAGCGACUAACAACUACGGCUAUACGGAGACGUACCAAAUAACCUUACUCUGUCUAUUCUGCAUUUUUCCAAAGUUCAUCAUGUCUAGGAGAAAAGUGAGGGGACUCACACGUACCGGGCGUCAGGUAAGCGAGGAUCCGGAUCUCGACAACUUGCUGUCAAACCUGUCGCCUGAAGAGAUGGAGGAGCUACAGAAGGAGGUGUCGACAGUGCCCGACCCAGACCCGAGUGAGAUUAUCAUAGUAGACCAAACCGAUGUAAAACAAAAGAUUCCUAAUAAAAGAGAUUCCACCUUGACUAAUCAUGGCGAAUUAAAGUCGGGUUUGCAAAGGAACCUCUCCACCGAGGCUGAGCCCAGAAAGGAAAGUCGAAAACAGGAAUAUCUCAGAAAAAUGGGCCUGAGUCAGGAGACAAACGUUUCGAAUAAUGACAGCACGGAAGGAGGACGUCAGACUUCCAUGUGCAGUGCUCCUGUUAAACAAGAGAAAAAUAUGGAGGACAGGAACACAAGAGCCACAGAUGAUUCUAAAGAUGCUAGGGCAAGGAGAUUCAAGAGGAAUGAGGAAAGUGAAAAGAAAUGUGAGGUCAAUGAGAAAGAACAGAAUGAUGAUUACAAGCUCAAAGAUAAACGGGACACAAAAGAAGGCAGCAGCAAGACAAAGGAGUUGAUAUCCAAGCUUCAAGAAAAAAAAGAGGAUUGUAAAGAAAAGGAGAGAAGAGAUGAAAGCUGGAAGAGAGAAUCAGGAGACAGCAAGACAAGGGAAAUGAUUUCUAGGUUACAAGGGUUAAAGCAGGAGCAGGAGAAAGAAGAAAAAAGGGAACGAGAAAUGAGGGCAGAAAUCAGGAACAGACAGGAUAGUAAGACCAAAGGUCUUGUUUUCAAGUUAGAGGAAAACCAAAAUUUGGUGGUAGAGAGCAAAAAAGAGGAAAUCAGUAGGGAAGAUGACAAAGAGAAGACAGAAGAACAAGUAGAGUUAGUUCAAUUAGUUAACAAUGGCAAGGAAAAAGAAAUUAUUCUGAAGGAUGCUAGUAAAAAUAUUGAUUGUAUAGAUCAUGAGAUUGAGAAAGAGAAGAGGGAUAAGGAUAUUAAUCAAGUGAAGGAAGUAUCAAAAAUGAGUUCUGUUGACAUUGGAAAAAAGAAACCAAGAGUACAAAAUGAGCUCCAAAAUGAAGCACCUGAAUCCAACAAAGAAGCAAAGGCUGGAAAUUGUGUGGUAGAAAAUAAUUCAAAAAUUAAAGAAGAAAAGGAAGAAGAAGAGUCUGCUAGCAUGUUUGCUGAAGAUCUAGAGAGACUACGCAGCAAUGACCCCAGAAUGACUGAGGUCAAUGUCAACAAUUCAGAAGUCAUCAAGGUCAAAACCCUCAUUCAGUUUGCUGAAGCACUAAAUAACAACACACAUGUCAAGACAUUUGCCCUUGCUAACUGCCGCGCAGAUGACCAUGUAGCCUAUGCUAUUGCAAGCAUGUUAUGCAGCAACAAAAUCAUCACUAGCAUCAACUUGGAUUCUAAUCUUCUCACCAGCAAGGGCAUCAUGGCACUCGUCCAAGCCCUCCAGUACAACAGCUCCCUAACUGAGCUUCGGUUCCAUAAUCAGCGGCAUAUCUGUGGAGGCAAGACAGAAAUGGAGAUGACAAAGAUUUUGAAGGAAAACACAACUCUACUCAAACUGGGUUACCACUUUGAGUUGGCUGGCCCACGUAUGACCAUGACCAACAUCCUCAGUCGUAACAUGGACCGGCAGAGGCAGAGAAGGUUGCAGGAGCAGAAACAGGGCACAGCCCAUAGAACUGAAGACAAGACAGUCUCACUGAAGGUCCCACAACUUGGUUUCAGCAAAGGUUCCCCAAGAAGCUCACCAAAGCCAUCUCCCACUCCAUCUCCUGUACCAUCCCCUAAGUUGAUUCCAAAAGCCUUUAAAGGACCUGGUGGUCCUCCACCGCCACCACCUGGGGGAUUACCACCACCACCACCACCUCCAAUUCUAGAUGGCGAAUUCCUAAAGAGUUCUCUGACCCCUAUGUCACAGAGAAAGCAUGAGGACAGGACUGGAGGCCGAGGUGGAGGUCUAAAUUCAAGGGAUCAACUUCUAGCCUCUAUAAGGGAUGCCAAUAUUAAACAGUUAAAAAAGGUUGCAUUACCAAAACUACUGCAAUAAUCAGACAGGGAAAAGUUAAACACAAAGUGAAGAACAGGUGGCAGACAUCUCACCUUGUGAAGAUCACGCCUAGGCAUCUUCUACAUGGAGUCUACAAUGGCCUGUAAGACAGGCAAGGGUGUCCGUGAUGAAUAUGGUAUAAUUCUGUAGGAUAAAGCUUCAGCCCAGGAUUCUGUCAUGAGCUAUGGAAAUGAAUAGAAGCCUGAUACAGAUGUGGUGUUCAGAGGUUAAAAUUUCAAGUCUGUAUUGAUAUUUGCACUAUGUUAUGUAAUUCAUAUGGUAAAUUGAUGAAUGUGUGUGAUUCCAGAAUAUAUGUGUAUAUAUGUAUGGAGAACUCUGCAGGCAAGAAAACUGAUUCUAAUGAAAUUAAAAUCAAUCAGUUGUCUUCUAAAUUAUUAGAAAUUACAAGCUAUUGAAAACCCUCAUAACCAAAUAUUUUUGUUAAGUUGUAGCUAACAUUUAAACAAUAUGGAAUGUUUAGUGAUUUUUUUUCCCCAAAAUAUUUUUUCAAAAUAGUUUUUAAGCUUUACUGUAUUGCUCACAGUUUAUCAGUGCACAUCAAUAUAAUAUUGUAUAAUACUGCUUAUGCUCAGUUUAUGUUUAAGUAAUACAUUUCUCAGGAUAAUUUUUGUUCUUUCCUAGAAAGAAGUACAUGAUUUUAUGUCACUACAAAUAUUACUUACAACAUAAUAUGUAUUCCAAUUUUUGAUAAAUGAUCUCAUUCUAUUCUACAUUGGAUUCUUUCAGGUGCUGAUCCUCUUCAAAAUUUAGUAUUAUAUUAAGUAUUGUGCACUGUCACAUGUUUGAGUGCCACUUCUCUCACACUUUUGAUAUCAGCUGGGCAAGUGAAAAUGUUUUUAUUGUAUAGUAAAUGUUGGCACAUCAAUGUUUUGUGCUAUUUUUAUGAAUGUAUGAAUAGAAGUUCUGGAUGGUUUCAGUAAGAUAAAUCCAAGACAAUACAAAAAAAUACAAUACUAUGCUUACAUUAGAACAAACUUAUAAAAGCAUGUUUAAAUCUUUUUUACUGAAACACAACACAAUUGCGACAUUUUCGUCUAGUAGACAAAAACUUGUUUGCUUAAAAUGGCCAUAAAAUGUUUUACUUAUGUUCCAUCCCAGUUUAGGUUUGAAACAAUAACAGAAAACUGUGGUGGAAAAAUGUGCAUGAAUAAAGAACAUAUUGCACAGAUUUGGAGAUAUAUUUUCAAAAAUAUGUUCAUGGUAAAGUGUGUCAAGUCAGUCAAGGCCAAAACAAAACAAACCUCCAGAAUGACUAAAGGAAGAGAACCUGUACUUGGCCUAUACCAAUAAAGAAAAUCAACAAAUGUUCCCUCCCUCUCUAGCAAAAACACAAACACCCACACCUAGCAAAAAUGUCAGCAAAGCCCUUAACUUGGUGACUUGGACAAUAUACAAUAUAUGACAAUAUAUGACAAUACAGAGUAUAUACAGAUAUGACAAUACACAGUAGAAAGCUUUGGAUCAUACAACAAGAAGUCAACAAUGAGUUACAAAUUACAUAUAACAGACACAAGCAAACGAGCACAAAAGUGUUGUCAUUCACUCUGGUGGUACCAUAAAUGCCAGUGCAACAAUUAAAUGAUGUGUCAGGACUCUGGAAGUAAACACAAGACUUCUGGAGACAACACAGAAUCAUAGGAAAGCACACAACCAGUAAGUGCAGAGCAUAACACUAAUAAUUGUCUGUUUUCAAACAUAUGCUAAUAAAGUACACAUGAAUGAAUAAAGUA